AUGGCUCCGCCCGCGAAGCGCCGCCGACGGAAUGUCGUCGACGCUUCAGACGACGAAGACGAGCCGCCCCGUGCGAACACGCUCACCAACUUCCUGCUCUCCUCACCGAGCUCACCCCCAAAGACACGCCCUCCUGUCGCAUCGCCGAGCCCAUCCAAGAGCAAGCCCAUCACGGGGAAGCUCUCCACGACUACUUCGAACCGCCUACCUCGUCGACCGCAAUCGCAUAGGAACGGCACGAGCCCAAGCUCCAAGAAGACCAAGGACGUUGGGAAAUCAGACGACAAGGGGAAGACUGCAGAUCUCAAGACUCUGUUUUCAAACCAGGCACAGCGAGCUGCGAGGUCAGGAAACGGGGAUAGGCGGUCCGUUCCUCUCGACGACAUAAUAAGCGAUCCCAUCUCGGAGGAUGAUGAGAUUUCGGAGCAGACAGCGGGUACUACGAGUUUAGUCGGCCAACGCGCCAAGAAGAGAAUCCGAGGCAGCUCUCAGACAACUUUAUCGGAAGCUCCUAGUGCCAGCCAGAAGUUCUUGAGGCCCCCAAAGCCAGAACGCCUAGCAGCAGCCGAUGAGGACCUGCGUCCUUGGUCAGAACGCUUUGGGCCGAAAAAUCUGGAGGAGUUGGCAGUGCACAAGAAGAAGGUUGCGGACGUUCGAAGAUGGCUUGAGGAUGUCAUGGCCGGGCGCAUGCGACAGCGCCUCCUCAUCCUCAAGGGCGCGGCCGGGUCUGGCAAGACGACGACUAUGCGGCUUCUGGCAAACGACAUGGGUUGCGAGCUUCUUGAAUGGCGAAAUCCUACAGGAAGCUCUGGGCUUGGCUUUGUUUCGACAUCGGCGCAAUUCGAAGAGUUUCUCGGUCGCGGCGGUAAAUUCGGCGCCCUAGAUACAGACAUGACUGGGCCUCCCAUGCAGAACAGUUUCCAUGGGACACAUAAGAAGGAUUCGAAGCGAAUCAUACUCAUUGAAGAGUUUCCCAACACCUUUUCGAGGUCCUCUACAGCUCUGACAUCGUUCCGCAACACCAUACUACGCUACCUCGCCGAUAACACGCCCUCAUUGUCCACAUUCGCAAAGCCUUCACAAGAACCCGUGACACCCAUGGUCAUGAUCAUUUCGGAGACUCUCCUAACCACAACCUCUGCCUCGGCAGAUAGUUUUACAGCCCACCGACUCUUGGGGCCCGAGAUCCUACGGCAUCCGGGGGUCGGGGUGAUCGAGUUCAAUGCUAUUGCGCCCACCUUGUUGCAGAAAGCGCUCGAGUUGAUCGUGCAAAAGGAAGCUAGGAAAUCGGGCCGGAGGAAAACACCGGGCCCCCAGGUUCUAAAGCGCCUGGGUGAGAUUGGAGAUAUCCGGAACGCCGCGUCUUCUCUCGAGUUCCUCUGCUUGAAGGGCGAUCAGCAAGCAGACUGGGGCGGCAAGGUGGCGUUUACAAAACAAAAGAAAGGCGUCAAGGAUGCAAUCAAGCUCACGCAUGGGGAGCAGGAGAGUCUGGAGCUAAUAUCUCAGCGUGAGGCAAGUCUGGGCAUAUUUCAUGCCGUUGGAAAGGUGGUAUACAACAAACGAGAUGAAGUUGCUCCUCGAGAUGACAAGGUGGAAACCCUACCAAACUUCUUAUCGCACCACUCGAGGCCGAAGCGCUCCGAGGUCUCUGUCGACUCUCUCAUCGAUGAGACUGGAACAGACACACAUACCUUCAUAUCAGCGUUGCACGAGAACUACGUCCUUUCGUGUGAGAGUACAGAUCCUAUGGAUCUCUCAACUCCAAUCGACUACGUCAACGAAUGCAUCGAGUACCUUUCCCAGAGCGACCUCCUCUCUCCCUCAAGAGACAUCUUCUUUGGUGGAAGAGGCGGCUUCUCCGGCCGGGACUCUGGCAGCCAUCUCCUGCGUCAGGACGAGAUGACGUUCCAAGUCGCCGUCCGCGGUAUGCUAUUCGCCUUGCCAAACCCAGUCAAGAGGAAGACAUCGUACACAAAAGGCACCGACGCGUUCAAGAUGUUUUACCCCACAAGUCUCAAGCUCUGGCGUGCCAAAGAGGAACUCGAGGGUCUUGUAGAUAUGUGGUCUGCGAAACUGCUCAAGGGCGAGGAUCAUGCGGCUACAAAGAACCUCACCGACGGAGCCAUCGCGUUCCGUCGCCCACAACAGCAAUCAUCGGCAGAAACAUCCUGGAUGCAUCGCCAGCAACGGAAUCGCCCCCCUGUUACGAAACCUCAGCCAGAUGAGGAACACGAGAACCCGCCCCUCCUCUCCUUGGGCAGCGCAGCACGCCGUGAAAUGCUUCUCGAGCGGCUCCCAUACAUGGCUCACAUUUCCCGCGCCCGCAAGACGUCCAGCUUCCGGCUCCGCGACCUAGAGAAGGUGGUCUCGUUCCAAGGGAUUAACGCUCCAGACCAGGACUCGGACGCAGAGGAGGACCAUGCACCCGGGGAGGCGUGGGCAACCGAUAAACCAUCUGAGGAGGCAAGCCCGCGGAAACGAAGAGCGGGUAUUCAGUCCGGCAGUGUGACAGGGCUGCUGGCUCAGAAGUUGGUAUUGAGUGAUGAUGAUAUCGAAGACUAA